AUGGAUCCUGAGUCUCAAGCCACUGGAAACAACUGUAUUUAUUGCUUAUAAUUAAUUUAGUUAAAUAAUUAGUAAAUUUUUAUAGCAUAAUUUUAUAGCUUUUUCACAAUAUUUAAGAUGGCAGUUAGGGAUAGGGUCCUAGUCCUGUUCACCAGCUAGCCCUAUUUUCCGAGAUUUGUGAGAGAAGUUCAAGCUUCUUGAGAGUCUCGGCUUGAAGAGAAGAGGUCUGUGCUGAGGCUGGCAUGGACUAGAGAAGUCUGAAAGGGCUUAAUAACUUUACGGUUUGACGGUUAGGCCGGUCAACCUACCGUUGUUCAGAGCUGUUAUUGUAGCUGGACCUAAGAAAUUCAAUAAAACUAAAACUAAAAUAGCUAUUUAUUAUUUUUAAAUAUAUGAUUUAUUAUUAUGAAUAAGGUUUAGGAAGGUAUUUAAAAUAUUUUUAUAAAAAAAUAAGAGCUCAUAUUAAUAGAGAAUAUUUUUGACUUCAGCUUAAUUUAUUAAAUGUAAUCUGAUAGUUCCCCAGCAUCACUUUGUAAACAGAGGUUUCUUCAAUUAGAUGCCCUCAGUCACCUUGCCAAUCUUGAUUCAUGAAAUUGUAACUGAUUCUUUUAUGCAUAAACUUGUUAUAACCUAGGUCGAGCUUCCUUAGUCUCCAUGACUCACGUCUUAAUACUAGAGUUCCCCCUAGGGAUAAGCUGGUACCAGUACCAAUUAUGCUUUAGUUGUCGUUACUAAUGAUACUUAGGGGGCAAAACCUGUUUCCAUCUAAUAGACUAGAAUAUGAAACUCAAUUGGAAUGCAAUUUGCAAUACCUAUAUAUCCUUUCCUAGGCCUACUUAGCUUCAAACCUAAGCAAUGCCCCAAAAUUCAGCAAUAUCCUAGUGACGUGACCAUUUUAUUUAUUUUUUGACUUCAGCUAUCUCUUUAUUAUGUGUUGGGCUUGGAAACAUUGCUGGAGGUGUCGCUGUUUGGCAAAAAGCUGAUUCUUUUAACUGGUAUAAUGGAGCCUAUAUCAUUCUUGGAGGAAUUUUAACACUACUCGUAAUCUUAUCAGGAACAACAAGAAAAUCAAUGCCUUGGAUAACAAUUUAUUUAUUUUUACUAUUAUCCUGCUUAUGUGUCGAAAUUGGGUUUACAAUUGGAAUUAUUUUUUAUUCGGAUUAUAUUUAACUAUUAUAAUUAAGCAGAAAUAUUUUAGUAUUUCCUGGAGAUUUAUAACAGUAAUUAUUUGUCGAGAUUUUAGCUUAUAUGUAUAUGAAUCGAUACUAGGAGAAGAAUAUGCGAAUGCUAUUAGAUAUUCAAUGCUGGCUGGCUGCAUUAUUGUAUUUAUUUGUUUUAUCAUUGGCUGCUGGUAUAGAGGCAGCUUAAGAAAUGCUCAAUUUUAUAAACAAAAUGCACAUUUGUUGGAAAAAAGAGAUAUUAAGUAUGAAACACCAAGAACUGAUGCGAAAAGAGAAGAAAUGGCUAAUAAGUAUGAUAAAUUGAAAGAGAAGUGGGAAAAAUCAUAA